AUGGCGCCACUCCUCCUCGUCGCUGCUGCUACUGGCAAACAGACCCCAGCCAUUCCCCUCACCAUGGCCAGCACUUCCGGCACCGGCGGUGACAAGGGCGGGAGCCAAGACCCGCGCAUCCGGGACCUCGGCCGCGAGAUCGCCGACGAGUACGCCCAGAUCCGCAAGCACUACGACGCGCCCCGGCACCCCAUCGUCCUGGCCCACGGGCUCCUGGGCUUCUCGGAGCUGCGCCUGGCCGGCGACUACCUGCCCGCCAUCCAGUACUGGCACGGCAUCCAGGCCGCCCUCGAGGCCCAGGGCGCCAGGGUCAUCACGGCCUCGGUCCCGCCCUCGGGCACCAUCGAGCAGCGCGCCGCCAAGCUGAGCGACGACAUCGCCGCCGCCGCCGCCGCCGAGGACGAUACCGUAUCCUCGGGCGUCAACAUCGUGGCGCACAGCAUGGGCGGCCUCGACGCGCGGUACAUGGCCUCGCGCCUGCGGCCGCGGGGCGUGCGCGUCCGCUCCGUCGUCACCGUCGCCACGCCGCACCACGGCAGCGCCUUCGCCGACUACCUCAUCGACGAGAUGCUGGGCCCCGCCAACCUGCGGCGCGCCUACGCCCUGUGGGAGCGCACGACGGGCUUCGGCACCGGCGCCUUCGCGCAGCUCACGCGCCGGUACAUGGAGCGCGAGUUCAACCCGGCCACGCCCGACGACCCGGCCGUGCGGUACUUCUCCUACGGCGCUAUGGUGCGCGGCCGCCCGCCGCUCUUCAGCCCGUUCCGCCAGUCGCACCGCGUCAUCGAGCAGCUCGAGGGCCCCAACGACGGGCUCGUCAGCGUCCAGAGCAGCAAGUGGGGCGCGUACAAGGGCACGCUCGUCGACGUGAGCCACCUGGACCUGAUCAACUGGAGUAACAGGCUUAGGUGGGCUGUCAAGAAGUGGAUGGGUCAAGAUAAGAUGUUCAACGCCAUUGCCUUCUAUCUUGAUAUUGCAGACAUGCUUGCCAAGGAAGGGCUGUGA